AGUUUGUUCGAUAUCAACAAGAGGGCUUUUUUUAGAAUUUUAUUUUUCUGAUUUUUAUAUAAAAAGUUUAUAAAUUAUAAAUAAAAUUUAUUCACAAAGAUCAUAUUAAUAUUAUAAUUUUAUAAUAAUCAAAAAUUUGUGUUUUAGUUUAUGUAUACUUCAUCGUAAUUGUUUACAUCACAAAUUAAGGUUAUGUUGUAUUAAUCCUUGCACCAUGCAGUGUUAUAUUUCUCCGUUGUUAUUGUUAUAAAAUAAAAUUAGAAUUUUACUUAUAAAUGGCAAAAACAAAAUCUCAGAAUUAAUUUACAAAGAAACAAUGACAAGUUCAAUUAGGAAAAUUUUCCAAUUCAAUUCAACAAUCAAAAGAUGUUUUAAUUCUUCUACAAUACGAAAAUGUGAACUUUUCGAUCAAGGAAAAACAACAAUGAAAUUUAUGAAUAAAGACACGGAAAAUGGUUUUAUAAUAAAUGCUUUUUCUGAAGUUGGUUUCACCGUAAGUCCCUCAUUUAAUAUUAUCGGUCCAAUGAUAAUAUUUCCACGAAUGUUUCUCAGUUGGAAUAUUGCAACUUCAUCUGAUAUGAAUGAAGAAAAUUUAUGUUUAUUUAACAUAAUUGAACCAAAAUUAGAUGUAUUAAUUAUUGGCUUAGAUAAAGAUUAUCCAGCGUAUGCACCAUUUUUAAAUGACAUUCGCUCAUGGUUAAAAAAAUCAAAUAUAAACGGAGAAAUACUUCCAAUUAAACAUGCAAUAUCUACAUACAAUUUUUUAACAGCAGAAGGAAGAUUUAUUGCCGCAGCAUUAAUUCCUCCAAAGACAGUUUUUAUUCCAAAAGUUGGAUAUAAACCGUUACCAGAUCAUGAGAGAUUGCCUGCGUUUUAGAAAAUAAAAAUAAUUUCACACUGUAAAUAGAUUUAUUAUAAUUGUUUUUCAAUUAAUAGUGAAAUAUAAUUUAAUAACUCAAAUAUAA